AUGACGGCUGCAAACAACAAGGUUGUGGCCACUCUGCUGCUGGCAGCGCUGCUGGCGCUGCACCCCGCCACCGCCGACUGGCGGACCUGCGACGAGGGUGAGUUUGAUGUGACGGGCGGCGACGUGGAGCCCUACCCCGUGCGUGCCGGCGAGGAGGUGGUGUUUCACGUGAAUGUGACAUCUGGCGCGCCCAUCACCGGUGGUUUGCUGGAGGUGUGGGUUGACUACCUGGGCUUCCACGUGUACAGCAGCCAGGGGGACCUGUGUGAGGCGGUGGCCUGCCCCCUGGCGGCGGGCACCCACACGUUGACCUUCCGGCAGUCGCUGCCCAAGGUCGCGCCGCCGGGCCCGUAUCUUGGUGUGUUUCAGGCGCGCAACCAGGGCGGCAUCCUGCUCUUCUGCAUCGACAUCAACUUCCGCAUCGCCGUAUGGCCAGCAUGA